CCAAUGAGAUCGUCGUUCCGUUUUACCAUUUGAGAUUUAAUAAAGUCUUGGUUAAAACUAAUUCAAGGCAGUCUUGCAGCUAACACCAGGCUUUCGACUUCUACUUGUAAAUAAAUUAUAAUGUUUCAAAAAAUUUUCAUUUUUUAUUUUUUCUGCCACACAUUUAAUUAUGUAAAUUCAGUUCAAGUUCAGUUGAAUUUACAGAAUGUGAAGGAUCUAAAAAAUGGUCCUUUUAAUAAAUAUGACACAAGAAUUAUCGACACAUUAAACCGUUACAAAAAUGAAAAAACAACGUUGAUUCAAAAACUUAAUAGUAAAAUAAAAGAAUCGUUGAAUGCGAAGAAAAUUUUGAAUACGAAAAUAGAUGAGCUAUCCUCUUUAGGUGAAAUAAAAUUAAAAUUGCAGAAAGAUAAGGAAGCUUGCAGUAAAUCGACGGAAGCAUUAAGAAAUGAAAGAGACGUGUUUUUCACGGAAAUUGAAUUAUUGAAACGGGAGCUUCAUAGAAAAAUUCAAGAAGUAGUAGCCUUGAAAAAAGAUCGAGAACAUAAUAAUAAACUUUUAAAAAAUGUUUUAAAAAUCAUGAAAGUGCUACGUACUCAGAUAGCUAAAACAAAAGAAGAAAUGACGACAAAAACAACCAUAAUUACGAGAUUAACUCAAGAGGUAGAGGAAAAAAUGACAGAAAUUAAAAGAGUUAAGCAAACUGCAACAGGAAAAAUAAAUGAAAUUCAAGAAUCUAACGACAAUUUGAAAAUGGAAUUAGAUAGGCUCAAAAAGCAAUGUGAAGACCACUUAACCGAUAACCGAGAUCUCAAAAUUCAGAAUGAGAUGAAGUCCCGUAGGCUCGAAUCGAAAAUAGCUGAGUUGGAUAAGAAACAGGAAGAAUAUGAAAAUGCCAAUAAAUUGAUAGACAAAUUGUCAAAGGAAUUGGAGCGUGUUCGUUCGAAAGUUAAGGAAAGGGAAAUUAGGCUUGAAUUACUCGACAAUGAUCGUAGAAGUAAGAUGACUGAACUGACAAAUACAAAAUCUGAAUUGCAGAAAAAAUCAUUGCAAUUAGCAUCGUUACAAGGCAUUUUAAUAACAACCAAUUCGAAGCUAGACAGCAUAAAAAAAUCUCAUGAUAUGAAGAAACUUGAAUUAGAAAAAACUCUAGAUCUAUUAGAUGAAUCUUCGAAAAAACUUGAAAGUACUGAACAAACUCUCCGAGAAUUGAGAAACAAAAUAGACGAUAGGAGGAAAGAUAUUCGUUCAAUGCAAUUAUUAGAGCCUGUUGAUGAAACUCCCGCAACAAAUUCUAAUCCCGUUACUCAAAUUGUAGUAAGCGAUGAAAAUCUGAAAAAAGAUUCGCAAAAUAGUAUAAAGCCACUUCUUUUAGAGAAAUAUGUGCCUGCUGUGGAAGAAGAUGAAGAUUUGAGUCAUAUUAAAGAUACGGAACGACAUGCCCUGAAUCUUAUUAAUCAGUACAAAAACAAAAUUCCGGUAAGCCCAAUUAAAUCUAAUCAAGAAAGCCCUUCUCAAAAUCAAGAACAAUCUGACGUUAAGUUAGAUCAAGGGAAAAAUGAACAAGGCAACUUAAACAUCGAAGGUACAAUAAAAAAUCCUUCUGAUCAAGUAAGUUCUUCUUUAAAUGACGCUGGAGCAAUCAAUUCAAAUCUAAGUAAUGAAUCUGUAGAAAGAAAAGAAAGUUCAAGAGUUGAGACGAGUGAAAAGAAAACUGAGUCUUCUUCUGACUCGAUUGUCGAAAAAACAAUAGAAACUAAAACUAACUCUGACCUAGGAAGCUCAAUAAAAAAUGCUUCUGAUCAAGUAAGCUCUUCUUUGAAUGAUGCUGGAGCAAUCAAUUUAAAUCUAAGUAAUGAAUCUAUGCUUCAGAAUAAACCAGCAAAUCAAGAAAGCUCAAGAGUUGAGACAAGUGAAAAAAAAACUGAGUCUUCCUCCGACUCGACAGUCGAAAAUACCAUGGAAAAAACGAUGGAAACCAAAUUGAACUCUAUCCAAGGAAGCUUACCCCUAAUUAAUAAAUAGACAAACCUAACUUUCAAUGGAAGGGAAAAGUGAGACCCUUCCAUGUUAAAACAUCAAAUUUAGCAUAUCAGAGUAUGUAAACAUUAAUUCGUUAUCAAAUAUAAGUGGGAGCGAUUUUUAAGGGUCAAGUCGCAAUUUUAGAAAAGCAGAUUAUUCAAGAUGUGUAAAAGUACCAUCAUGCAUACUUAUUAUUCAUCUUUUACUGAAAGCAAAUUUAAAACAAUUCUUUAAAUUUUUAUUCAAUUCAUCAAUGCUGUUUCAUGUUUUCGAAGUUAUAGUAUAACUAUAACUAAAAUGUUCCUUCGGAUAAAAACUUUAUUUUCAAGUAUCACUCGCAAAUUUAUUGGAUUACGAGAAAUAUCAAAAUUAAUACAAAAAUUUAUUACAAUGUUUAAUUUCUACUCGAUUUAAACUUUUGGAUCAUUAAACAUCAUUUUUGAAUAAUUUUGAAAGAAGUACAUAAAACUUGUUUCAACUAAUAUGUCUAUUAAAAUUUCAAAGAUAUUUAUAUUAAUAUACGUAAAGAUUAUACGAUUCAUAAAAAAGAACUUAAUAUUUUUGUAAAUGCGAUGUAAAGUGAGAAUAAGUAACAAAGAAGUCAGCUUGCAAAAAAUUGAGGAUAGAAACUACUACACUUUUUCAACACGAUUAAUUCAGUUUUAAGUUUUUUUUUCAACUAAACUAUUUUCUUACUAAAAAGUUAAAUUUAGCCAUUCCACUAAAUUUUUCUUUAAAAUUUUAUACUGUGAGUCCAAUUUCAAAUAAAACUUUAAUUCGCAAUGUCGAUUUAUUAGUUUGUGAGGAUAUUUGAAAAAAUAAAAGGGAUUUUCGAAUACCAAAAUUAAUUUCGUGUCUUAUAGAUAAUUAUUUCAUGCAAAAUAUAAUUUUUUUUUAUGAUUUUACAAAAUCUUGUAAAAUUAAUUCAAUGGAGGUUUUGGUUGAUAAAUAUUUUUAUGAAAGAUGAAAUCGGAAAAUUCGAGAAUCUUUGUUUGUAAAAUUUUUUUCAAGUCUUAAACUCUAUUGUCAAAUUAAAGUAAACAUUUAACAUUCUAGAUCAAAAUUAUGGAACUGCUCAUGUUGAAAUGAAAUAAGAGGACAGAAGGAUCAAUAUAGACAUUUGCGAUACAAAUGCUACUUUUAGUCUAAAUAAAAUGAUCCGCACUCGUUGCAUAAAGUAUCAGUGAGCGGCUUGUUUGAAUAUCAUUCAACAUAGCAUGAAAGACUAAAAGUAGCAGCGAACCGUGAUGUGACUUGUGAUUUUUAAGUUAGAGUACUAUGAACAGUAUUUUGUUAUCUUGAAGUAAUUACGAUUAAACAAUUAUGAUGGCGUCAUUAAACAGUUUUACCGCUUACUUGAAUAAUGAAAUGAAAAUGUAUCUAAAUAAAUUAUUUCACGAAAUAUCGACAAUUAAAAUUUUAGAUCAAAGCAAA